AUGCGGCCUCGCACAAGCGCUCGUUUAUCUAAGCGACCGCCUCCCGAGGGUCGAUCGGACAUCAGUUCGGAGAGUGGGAGUUCCGUUAAGGAGGAAACGGUUGUGCGGGCUCAAAGCCCAUUGACCAGGUCUCGCGCGGAAGAAAAAGUCGAACUCCAACGUUUAAAUGAUCGUCUGGCGCAAUAUAUUGACUUUAUCCGACAGAAAUCCUUUUCUCCUGGCUUCACUGAAGAGCUUGAUGCUGCUGCGCAAUCUAUCAAGGAAGCCUUUAGCAACGUUGAUGGUGUUUACGUCAAUGAGCUGAGUGCUCUACGUAAAAACUUAGAUGAAAUUGCUUUGCAGCUUUCAAAAAGCCAAAUUCAAUUGAAAACCGUCUCUUCAGCGCGAGAUGAAGCAGUUAACGAACUGCAUGCUUCCAAAAGCCGUGAAGCAGCUAAGUCAGAUGAACUCGCAUCUCUGACAUCUCAGAUUGCCCGAUUAGAAAAAGAAUUGGAUCAUCUCCGACCUAUGAAGUUGAAUCACGACAGUCUGCUGAAGCAGCACGAGAUACUUAAGACACAACUAGAGGAGGAGACGCUCAUGAGGACUGACUUGCAAAAUCGGAUCCUGACGCUGACAGAGCAACUGGAUUUCAAAGAUAAGCUACUAAAAGAGGAACGCGCAGCAUUCUCCUCUGAAGCGAUGAAAAUUAAGGUCCAGACGGCCGCUAAAGAGGUCCAGAAGUACCAAGUCAAACUGCAGAGCAAAUUGGAUGAGCUGCGCAAGGAGACACAUUGUCAGAUGCAGGAAUUCAUGUCACGACUGGAGCAGAACAUGGAGGUCAAACUUGAUGCUGAAAAGGAACGGGUACGCGAUGCUGAACGACGUGCCAAAGCUAGCGCGGAUGAGCUCGACCGUUCCUUGGUGCAGCUCUCAGACACAUCCAACGAUCUUAUCCGAUGUCGUUCUGAGUUGGAUCUGGCCCAGCGAAAGAUAGAUGACCUGCAACGCAGUCUGUACUCAGUCACAAAUCAGAAUACGAUGGACGCCGAUCAUCAGAGUGAUGAAUUGCGUCGCGCCCUGGAUAUGCUAAACGACAAAAUCAGGGAAUGCAAUGAUUUGGCCGCAAUUAAAAUUCAGUUGGAUACUGAAAUUGCGAUGUAUCGGUCCUUGCUAGAGUCCGAGGAGUCACGAUGCGGUUUGACAUCUUCGGACCAGCGCAUGAUCACCAAGACUUUGUUUAAGCAAGGAAUGAAGCGACCGCUGGACCUACGCGAAUGUCAGGUGGAUUUGGAUGCUGUCGAUUUGCCUUCUUACGCCACGAACACUUUUGGUAGUCAUCAGAAACGAUUCCGUAAUGGAAUUGCGUCCGAUGGAUCAGUACGCAUCACGUGCAGUUCCGAGGGCCCAGUCCAUUUUGCCAGCGCAGAUCCUGCUGACGGUCUGAUUCGGAUACUUAACGCAAGCGAUGAGGUGGUCAACAUGGGAAAGUGGUCACUCCGUUUUGGGCCUGUGAGACCCGGUUCGGAGGAGCACACCACUUUACAUGUUUUCCCCGACGACCACACUCUGGGCCCUCAUUCCGAAUUACAGCUCGCCAUAUGCUCUUCCUCCGGUGGACAAAUCGGUCGAAUUCCCCUUAGAAAGAAGCAGCGUUUACCGCUCCCAAGCUUGUACUUGGUGACAGAUGCACUCAUAUGGCGACCAUACGAUUCUUCUUUAACUCUCGUCGAUGCGGAUGGGUCUACCAAAGCAAUUUGUGAAAUCAAGCCCACUGGUUUAAUUACUCGCCGUACAAAUGCAUCUCUCGAAGCUCGUUCGGACGUCGACUCCUUUAGAAUCACUUGCAUGGCUAACGGUAACCUCCAUUUUGAGGCUGUCGAAUCAGGUGAUGGAAUGUUACUCAUCUGCAACGCCGGAAAGGAGACAAUCGACCUUAACGGCUGGCUGCUGACAUUUAAGACCAAAUCCCAUGAAGCAAGCCGUUCGUUGUCGCCGAACGGUUGUUUGGAACCCCAGUCGUCACUGAGAGUGCACGUGUUCCCAUCCGAUGGCCUAGGUUCUGGGACUCUGCCUAGUGAUAAAUCGAUAGUAUCCAUAUUCUCCGACGCCCCUCCGAGCGACUAUUACGAUUCCACUUUCACUCUACGUGAUUCAGAAGGCCAGGUCUGUGCUGUGAGCGAGUGGGAACGUAUCACGGGUUCCACGACUGUCCCUGAUCUCGCCAACUGGGAAUCGGAAGAUUUGGAGGAUUCCACUGUGGUUGAAGAGCGUUCUCGUGUUGUUUCUCCACGUUCAUCUCUCUCAAGCGCUCUGGCGGAAACACCGAUAGUGGCUCGCUAUCGUCACUUCUUGUUCCCCGUUCCCAAUCGUCAGCGUGGAUUUUGCUCCUGUCCGCUUUUCACAGUUGAUCUUGCACGUCAUUUUCGGUCUUUCUCACAAGCUAUGCCAAAGUUACCCACCUUAUCACAAAUGCCUCUUACGGCCUUUUUUGCCUCCCCAAAAUCAUUAUCUUGCACGAUUCAAGAACCUCCGAACUCCUGUGAAAUACCAUCCGGUGUUACUUGCAUCGAAUUGACGCAAUCCUCAGCGGAAAGUUCUAAUACCUCUCUUAAACGGACAUGCACUGAGGAUUAUACCAAUGGCUCUUGUGAAGCCGUUGCAAAGCGAACGUGCUUUUCGAUACCACAACUCGGCGCCCACGACACUUCUGCGCUGAGUCGUGAGAAGAUCAACAAGACUGUAGCGGAGCUCAAACGUCAGCUGGCAUCUCGUCCUUCUCGGUCUGUGCUCAGUCUAAUCCAGGGCAUGAACACUGAAUGGAUGUGUAUUUUGGAGAAGCAGAUCCUCAGUGAUCGUUUCCAGCGGCUAGCUGACUUCAUCCAUGCUGAACGGGCCGGAACAAUCCCAAUUUUCCCACCUCCGGAACAGGUUUUCUCUUGGAGCCAACUCUGCCCCCCUUCCACCGUCCGUGUGGUUAUUCUCGGUCAGGACCCGUAUCAUGGGCCCCGCCAGGCUCAUGGUUUGGCUUUCUCUGUUCAACGACCACUGCCACCCCCGCCGAGUCUAAUCAACAUGUACAAAGAAAUAGGUGACGAUUUACCAUCAACUGAACCCAAAACACCAUGGCCUCCAAAUCAUGGUGAUUUGACCGGCUGGGGUCGUCAGGGCGUCCUACUGCUUAACGCGGUUCUCACUGUUCGUGCUUCCAGCCCGAAUUCCCACAAGGAUCAAGGUUGGGAAUUGCUGACCGAUGCGGUCAUCCGCUAUUUAAGCAAAGAGAAAUCGCACCUAGUAUUUAUGCUCUGGGGUGCUCAUGCCCAAAAACAAGGCUCUGGUAUCGAUCCAAAGCGUCAUCUGGUAUUGCGGGCUCCGCAUCCUUCACCUCUCUCGGCGUCGCGCGGAUUCUUCGGAUGUAAGCAUUUCGUCAGAGCGAAUGUGUUUCUACGGGAACAUGGUCAACCCCCGGUGAACUGGACACAUCUGGAUUAGCAUUGGAAACUUGAUAACUGCGAUUUCGAUUGUUUUACACCACUAUUUUUGUACGUCUUUUAUUACACGUAGAAUUUUUAUAAUUUCAUAUUAUAUUAUAUUACUACGAAUGUUUUAUCCAUGCCAUUCGGUGCGUGUCAUCUGUCCCCGAGUUCUGUAGAGCUUCCCCCUUACUCGAGGUAUCGAAAGAUGUACUCUUACUUAUGUCCCGUAGUUUCAUCGGUGCUCCCCUCGUUCCGCCAGAUUUAUGUAACUGGAUACUCUUACGAUACUCGAAACUACCAUGGCAUUCCUUC